CGAACACGCCGUUUAGUUCCUUACACAGAUAAUAUAAAUAUGCAAGGAGUUAAAUAAUAAUGAAGUGUUUAUAAUUUAAUUGAAGUCAAAUUGUGUUCGUGUGAAUUAAGUUUUGUUAAUGAAGUUACAUUGGUCGCUUUGAAGUUGGAUUUCGUUUUAUCUGGAAUUAAAAGUAAUCAGCAUCGGUUCAGCAUGACAACUGGCAUGCAAGUUGCGCUGCCGGUCUGUCUGUUCGCUGCGAUCUUCCUUUGGACCGGUUCCGCAGGUGUAUUCAUUCCGAAUCUGACAGAAGCGUGCUAUCGCUGUCUUUGCUUUGUGGCCACCAAGUGUGAAAUCUCGCAUAGCUGCACAGCGGGUUACUGUGGCCCCUUCAACAUAUCCAGAGUAUACUGGGUGGACUCUGGUAGAGUCACACUGCCUGAUGACGACCCUGAGAGGAAUCAUGCGUGGGAAGACUGCGCAAGGCAAUACGACUGCGCCAAAGGAAUUAUAGAAGGGUACUUACAGAGGUAUGGAAGAGACUGCAGUGGAGACGGCGUCACAGACUGCUUUGACUACAUGAUGGUGAACGGUAAUGGUGGACCCGGAUGCACGGCGCCGCUGAAUGGCAGCGUCAACGGUAGACGCUGGUUGGAACGAUAUGAGCUGUGUCGAAAUUCAUUAUAUUAA